AUGAGUUCUUCCAGCAGCAGCAUCUUGAGCGACGGGCCCCUUGCCCCCACCAGGGUGACCGGCCCCACCACCCCCAGGAGAGGACCCCCCAAGUUCAAGCAGAGGAUGACCCGCCAGUUCAAGAGCAAGCCCCCCAAGAAAGGGGUCAAGAGCUUUGGAGAUGACAUCCCUGGAAUGGAGGGUCUGGGCACUGAUUUCACAGUGGUGUGUCCAUGGGAAGCCUUCAGCCACCUGGAGCUCCACGAGCUGGCCCAGUUUGGCAUCAUCUGAGCCCCCAGAACCUGACCUGAAACCUGGACCCAGACCCAGAGUUCCAGCCUGGACCCUACUGGAGCCCACACAGUCCAGAGCUCAUCCAGCCUCCAUCACUCUCCACUGUGGACUGAGAGACAGACCCAGCCAGUCCUGGGUUUUAAAACCAAACUUCUUCAUCACACAUAUUUGUCUGGUUGCUGAUCUGCAAGUCUAAUCGCUUGUAGCACAGUGGCUGUGCGGGUUAAGAGGAUGAGCUU